AUGCUAAAGGCGAGAACCAAUUGGGAGAUCACUCCUCACCACUCAAAGGAGGCUCCCUACCCAAGAACCUCACAGAGCCUCUUCAUUCGAGCCAAGGGAAGGAGAAGACAACUCAGAGAAGGAGGAAGAGCUCUAAGGCCAGACGCUCCAGCUCGACCACCGGACUCGAUCGAGUCCAAACAGAGGAAACUCAACUCGAUCGAGCUGAGGGUCGAGUUGACCUGGAGGAGCCCCUGUUUGAGAACCCCGGAUUCGAGUACGAUCAACGCCUACCAGGACUUCUCUCAGACCUCUGGACCCCUACAACCGCUUCGAGCAAGCCAGCUCCUCCAAGGCCAAGGGAGCCACACACACUUCGAUGAAGAAGAGGAAGAAGAGGAGCCGCAAGCUCGAUCGAGCGAGGCGAACCCGUCGAGUGGAGCGUCCCUGAUGGCCGUCUGCCCUCUCCAGACCACGACCUUGCCUCCCAGUUCUUUGGGGGGCACUGAGGCUAAGUUUGGGGGUGCCAACUCGAGCUCGAUCGAGUUGGGUGUAAAAACCAGAAAAGUGGUCUUUUGGAGCAUUCUGGAGCAUAUGGGACAUGAGGAGCAUGGAGGGACUUGGCACAUGGACGCAGCUCAACUGGAUACGCAAAGGAAGAAGGAGGAAGCCAUCUUGAAGACCAGCUCGACCAUCUACUCGACCAACCGGUCGAGUUCCUCAACUCGACCGGCCAAGCUUCAACUCGAUCGAGCUGAGAAGUCAACAGUCAAACCCGAAAAAUGUUGCUUCCCCCUUGACUUUCCUUUGACCCUAAACCUAAUCCUCUUUGUAUUUAAAGGCUAA